AAUCUCAUCCUACUGCUCCUUUUUCUCCCAUUCCAAACAUUACUAGUACCACAAUUUGCUAUAAAAAGAUCCUUAGCUUUUCUUCUCCAUAAACCCACCUUUAUUUCCCUAUCUCUCAUUCCUUCUCUUUCUCUCCAUCCAUAACUUCUUCACUAGAAUGGAUUAUAAAAAUUGAAACAUGAGUUAUCUUAAUUCAUCACCUCAACAAUUGGUGCUUAAGAGGUGAAUUUCCCAAUUCCAAAAGGGUCAUUCAUACUAGUCUUUUAAUCUCAUUUGAUCACUAUUGUUAUUAUGGAGAAUAAGCAACUCAAUUUUGUUAAAAAUGGUGUCAUUAGAUUACCUCCCGGUUUCCGGUUCCACCCUACCGAUGAAGAACUCGUCGUUCAGUAUCUAAAACGUAAAGUUUUCGCUUGCCCAUUGCCUGCUUCAAUCAUUCCUGAGCUCAAUGUUUGCAAACAGGAUCCUUGGAAUCUGCCUGGUGAUUCGGAACAAGAGCGAUAUUUCUUUAGUAUGCGAGAAGCGAAGUACCCGAACGGGAACAGACCAAACAGAGCGACGGGUGCUGGUUAUUGGAAGGCAACCGGAAAUGACAGGAAAAUUGUAGCUUUUAGAAGCAACCAAAUAGUUGGAAUGAAGAAAACUCUAGUAUUCUACAGAGGAAAGCCAUCAAAUGGCACUAGGGCUGACUGGAUCAUGCAUGAAUAUCGCCUUGUCGAUCCAGGAACUACAGCUUCCAAUAUCUUACAGAGAAAAAACUUGACCCAAAACUCCCUGCUGCAAAUUGGAGACUGGGUUCUAUGUCGCAUUUUCUUAAAGAAAAGAAACAGUAAAACCGACGAAGAAAUCAGUGAACCAUGCAAGGAGAACAAAGUUAACAGUGUUAUGGAAAUGGCUAUCAGGCCUAGAUUCAUUGAUUUCAUGAUGCAAGAAAAGAUGAAUCAAAGUCCUUGUUCUUCUUCUUGCUCUUCUUCUGCCUCGAGUGGGAUAACCGAAGAAGUUUCAUCUGCCAAUAAAGAAAAUAGUUGCUCCUCAUCAUCUUCUUAUAGAAGAGAUAAUAGUAAUCAAACAUGAGAAAUUACAUAAUGAAUUUGUAACAUUGUAUCAAUUAAAUAUUGGGUUGUUUGUAAAUCCAACAAGAAUAACCGUCUAAUUGUAUCGAAAUUACGUCAUAAUUAACAUGCUUUGUCUUAAAAAA